AUGGAUGACUGGGACAACAGUGACGAAUUCAUUCAGCGUCUGGACUUUUCCAGCUGUGGUGAAGAGAGUGAAGACAGAAGUAUAAAUGAGGAGGACACCCUGAGCUCGAGCCCCUCCAGGAGCUGCGAGUUCCUGAGGCACCAAUGGAGCAGCCCUCUGCCAGCAACCCCUCCAAAGAAGCAUAGUGACAUCUUCUUGAGCAGGACAAAAGCCUGGAUGAGUCCUACGGUGGCGCAUUCCCCAGGCGCGUGCAAGAGGCUGGGUGAUGCCGAGACACCACUGCACAUCACCUGGAAAAAGCUGCAGCUCUGUGACACCCCACACACUCCCAAGAGCCUGUUAUCGAAGACAGCUUUUCCUUCACCUGGAACAAAGGUCCCACCCAAAGGCUUCAAACAUCUGAGAUUUACUCCUGGUGCUGAACUGGAUGACUCUACCCAAGCAUCUCUUGUCAACAUUAACCCCUUUACACCAGAGUCCUAUCGACAAAUGUUCUUUCUUCCUAAUGCCAAGCAGAAGACCAGAGGAGAGCUGAAGGAUCCUGAUCCAAGAAGUAAAACAAAAUGGGAGCUACCUACACCGAGAUACCCUCUGAAAGAGAGCAACAUGGUUUCCCGUUACAAGAAGGAGUUCCUGGAGCUAGAAAGAAUUGGUGUGGGGGAAUUUGGCUCUGUCUACAAGUGCAUCAAGCGCCUUGAUGGAUGUGUUUAUGCCAUCAAACGCUCCAAAAGGCCUCUGGCAGGAUCCUCCGAUGAGCACGUGGCACUGCGCGAGGUUUAUGCUCAUGCUGUUCUUGGACACCACCCCCAUGUUGUGCGCUAUUACUCGGCAUGGGCAGAGGAUGACCACAUGAUCAUCCAAAAUGAGUAUUGUGAUGGUGGGAGUCUCCAGGAUGUGUUGCUGGAAAAUGCAAAGCUUGGCCACUAUUUCUCAGAAACAGAGCUGAAAGAAAUACUGUUACAAGUCUCCAUGGGGCUAAAAUACAUCCACAACUCUGGCCUUGUGCACCUGGAUAUCAAACCCAGUAAUAUCUUCAUCUGUCACAAGCUGGCAGUUUCGAGCCCAGAUGGGCAGGAUGAGAGUGACAGUGAAGAUGAAUUCUCUUCUGGUGUGGUGUAUAAGAUUGGUGACCUUGGCCAUGUGACAUCAGUAACAAACCCCCAGGUGGAGGAAGGAGACAGACGGUUUUUGGCUAAUGAGAUUUUGCAAGAGCAAUACUGCUAUUUGCCGAAGGCAGACGUCUUUGCCCUGGCACUCACAGUAGCGCUAGCAGCUGGCACAGCACCACUGCCUCACAACGGGGCCCUGUGGCACCAUAUCCGCAAAGGCAAUAUCCCACCGAUCCCCCAGAAGCUUCCUCAAUGCUUUCUGGAGCUCCUCAAGCUCAUGAUCCAUCCUGACCCAGCAGAAAGACCUUCUGCCACGGCUCUUACUAAACAUCCAGUCCUCUGUCCUUCACGUGGAAAAGCAGUGCAGCUCCAGAAGCAGCUAAACGUGGAGAAGUGCAAGACGGCCAUGCUGGAAAGGCACGGCGGCAUGUUGCGGCGACCAGCGUGGCAGGUUCUUCGACAGUUUGUAAGACAUGACUCUGAUGCAAUUGGUACAUUGGUACUCGAAAGAUCCAUGAAUCGUGUUCAGUUACUUGGUCGGGUUGGACAGGACCCUAUCAUGAGGCAAGUGGAAGGAAAAAAUCCCGUUACCAUCUUUUCUCUUGCAACCAAUGAGAUGUGGCGAACGGGGGAAAGUGAGGUAAACCAGGGAGGUGAUAUCAGUCAGAAGACGACAUGGCACAGGAUCUCUGUCUUCAGACCGGGCCUCAGGGAUGUUACGUAUCAGUAUGUGAAGAAGGGUGCUCGAAUCUUUGUUGAAGGGAAGAUAGACUAUGGUGAAUAUACCGAUAAAAACAACGUGAGGCGUCAGGCCACAACAAUUAUAGCAGAUAAUGUGAUUUUCCUGAGUGACAGUGGUUUGAAAGAAAAGGUGUGAGGUCAUUAGUGCUUGGACCCAGGCCAUUUCAUUCCUUCUGUUUUACAGUGCUUCAUAAUUCUUUAAUCAUGUAUGUUGCUGUAGUUUCUUUAAAAGGUAAAUAAAAUCUUUGAUACCUAUAGGGUA